AUGCUGCCGGUACUCAGAUCAGGGUUACGGCGGGCUGUGUGGCGAUGUGGGCAUGGGCUACUGCAGAGGCGGAUAGCCGCAGGGGCGGGAUGGUACGCGCGUGCGUGCGCAAGCGACGACGCGGCGAGCCGGUCGCCGCUGAAGCAGGAGAUGCUGAACUCGACGGAGUAUCUGCACGUGCAGAAUAUCCUGCUGCAGAAGAACCAGCAGCGGAUGACGAAGCAGAAGUUGCUGAGCGAGGCCACGGGGUUCUAUGACCGGUUCAAGAUCAACACGAAGUGGUUGCUGAUACGCGGCAACCGGCCGUUCAGUGGGGAGGAGAUAUCCACGCUGCUAUCGUGGUUGAUACUGUCGCAGGUGUUGUGGGUGAUCCUGGGGACAACGACGUUUGUGUCGCUGCUUCUGUUCCUGGCGAACACGGUGCUUGCGAAGGAGAUGGUGGGGAAGUUCGUGGGCAACAGCCUGAACAGGUAUAUGGACGGAGUGGACGUGCAGUUCCAGGACGCGAUGGUGCCGGAGUGGCGUAAAGGGCAGAUCAGCUUCCAGAAGGUGCGGCUGCGGACGACGCCGGGGGCACAGGACGCGGGGCUGCUGACGUUUGAUCUGAUGUUCAGCAAGCUUAGCCUCACGCUCUCGGUGCGGAAGUGGCUGCAGGGGCGUGGGCUAAUCAACGACGUAUAUGUGUCCGGCAUGAAGGGAGACGUCUCGGUGGGGGCGGCCGAGCGGAAAGACGCCAAGCUGAUCGACUUCUUUUCGAACCCCAAUUACGAGUUGGGCGAGGUCGAGGUCUGCGACAGCGUGAUCAUGUGCACGGACCAGGAGAUUGGGCAGAAGUUUCGCGUGUCGAUCUAUAACAUGCGCAUGAGCCAAUUGCGCUUCCGAUGGAGUCUGCUGGACCUGUUCAAUGCCGACGUCGUGUCAGGCGCGCUCAACCACUCCUUAUUCAGCAUUCACAAGCGCCAGCACAAGCUUCCGUUACACGAGAUGGAAAAGGACAUGGCGCCCUGGAAGCGCAUCAGCCGGCUCCGCCUGAACCCAAUUUCCGUGAAGGAUCUCGGGCUAGACAAAAGCAACGCUUUCAACUGGAUAGAAGGCGGCAGCGUUGAGAUGAUCGCUGACCUAAUGCUGCCCAACAUUUAUCCGGAGUCGGCGGCCGCGGAGGAUGAGAACAAAUAUGUGGUUAUGGACCUGCGGAUUACGUUCAAGGACCUCAUUGCUAGCAUGAACACUGUCCCCCCGGCGUUGUCCAAUGGGAGGGAGCUGAUCUCGUUCGAUGAGCUGAAACCGAUCAUUAUGUUUGUGAACAAUAGGAGGGGCCUGUUCUCAUCCCUUCGCAACCUCGACAACAAUAAGCUAUGGAGACCAACGGUAACCAUCGAGAGGCAACAGUCCUAUCCAGAUACCACGGUCAUUCCUAUGCGCACAUUCCAGUGGCCCGAGGGCGAGGGCAGCGUUCAACUGAACCAGGAAAUCAUCAAGUACCACGAGAACCCCUCCGACAAUUCUAAUGAAAUCAUUCUUAGAUGCCGAAUUGCUAAACAUAUGAAUGAGUUGCAGAACACGUUUUUGUUCAAGGAGACAGAUGUCUAUGAUAAAAUGGCACUGGAGUUAUAUACCGAUCUGAUGAAAAUGAUUGAGGAAACAGAGUAUAAGAAGAAGAAUGACUGGGUAAAACUCCUAGGGACCACGUUUGCAUCCCAACUUUUAAUAUUUGGACUGGGGGCAAUGGUGUGA